AGAACUAUGAGACGGUGACCUCGCUGGGGUUUCCAGUUUCCAAACCUGAUGUCAUCUCCCAGCUGGAACGAGGGGCAGAGCCGUGGGUCCCAGACCUCCAGGGUUCAGAGGAAAGAGAGAUCCUCAGAGGUCCCUGCACGGGUGACACGAUGGUGAGUGAGAAUGAGGAGCAGAAUUCUCAGCAGGAAGCUCCUGAGCAAGUGGAAUCAGACGGAGCAUUAUCGCAAAGCUCCAAAGCGGACGUGUCCAGGAGUCAUGAGCAGGGAACAGCCUGUGAGGUUCAGCGCAGUCCAGAGAGUGAGCAGGGAAACCAGUCAGGGGAGAAAAUGAGAAAAGUAAUUUACCCUUGGGAAACUCACAGGGACCUGAAAGAAACCACAGUCCAGCAGAAAAUCCUCAGAGGAAAGAGAAAAUACACAUGCACGGAGUGUGGGGACAACUUCAGUGACUGCCCAGCCCUUAUUAAACAUCAGAGACUCCACACGGGAGAGAAACUCUACGAAUGCUGCAAGUGCGGGAAAACCUUCAAUCGCAUCUCACACCUCACUCGACAUGAGAUAAUCCACACUGUGGGGAGACCCUAUGAAUGCUGUGAGUGCGGGAAAGCCUUCAAUCGCAGCUCACACCUCACUCAACAUCGGAGAAUCCACGUGGGAGAGAGACCCUAUGAAUGCUGUGAGUGCGGGAAAACCUUCAAUUGCAGCUCACAUCUCACUCGACAUCAGAGAAUCCACGUGGGAGAGAGACCCUAUGAAUGCUGUGAGUGCGGGAAAACCUUCAAUUGCAGCUCACAGCUCACUCGACAUGAGAUAAUCCACACAGGAGAGAGACCCUAUGAAUGCAGAGAGUGUGGGAAAAGCUUCACCCUCAGCUCGUAUCUCACUACACAUGAGCGAAUGCACAAGGGGGAGAGGCCCUUUCAGUGCUCUCAGUGUGGGAAAAGCUUUACUCGGAGCUCAUCCCUCAUUAGACAUGAGAGAACGCACACGGGAGAGAGACCCUAUAAAUGCUGUGAGUGCGGGAAAAGCUUCACGUCCAGCUCAAACCUUAUUCAGCAUCAGAGAAUCCACACCGGGGAGAGGCCCUAUGAAUGUGGCGAGUGCGGGAAAGCCUUCAAUUGCAGCUCAGAGCUCACUAGACAUGAGAGAAUCCACACAGGAGAGAGACCCCAUGUAUGCAGAGAGUGUGGGAAAACCUUCACUCUCAGGUCAGAUCUUACUACCCAUGAGAGAAUCCACACAGGGGAGAGGCCCUUUCAGUGCUCUCAGUGCGGGAAAACCUUCACUAGGAGCUCAGACCUUACUAGACAUGUGAGAAUCCACACGGGAGAGAGACCCUAUAAAUGCUGUGAGUGCGGGAAAAGCUUCAUUGCCAGCUCAAAGCUUAUUCAGCAUCAGAGAAUCCACACCGGGGAGAGGCCCUAUAAAUGCCGUGAGUGCGGGAAAACCUUCAGUUGCAGUUCAAAGCUCACUAGACAUGAGAGAAUGCACAGGGGGGAGAGACCUUAUGAAUGCCGUGAGUGUGGGAAAACCUUCACUUACAGCUCUGAUCUUACUGCCCAUGAGAGAAUCCACACAGGGGAGAGGCCCUUUCAGUGCUCUCAGUGUGGGAAAACCUUCACUAGGAGCUCAGACAUCACUAGACAUCACAGAAUCCACACGGGAGAGAGACCCUACGAAUGCUGUGAGUGCGGGAAAAGCUUCAUUUCCACCUCAAACCUCAUUAAACAUCAGCGAAUCCACACUGGGGAGAGGCCCUAUAAAUGUGGUGAGUGCGGGAAAGCCUUCAAUUGCGGCUCACAGCUCACUAGACAUGAGAGAAUCCACACGGGAGAGAGACCCCAUGAAUGCUGAGAGUGCGGGGAAAGCUUCACUGACAGUUCAAAUGUUGCUCAACAUCAGAGAAUCCUCACAGGUGAGAAAUCCUAUGAAUGCUCUGAGUAUGGGAAAACCUUGACUCUCAGCUCGCACCUUACUAGAUAUUGGAGAAUCCACACGGGAGAGAGAUCCUAUUAAUGUGAAUUCAGGAAAACCUUCAGUCAAAGCUCACACCUCAGUACUGCGGCUGUCCAUUAAUCACGUGAGUUAACUAUGAUUAACUCAAAAAAUGAAUUGCGAUUUAAGAAAUUAAUCGUGAUUAUUCACAGUUUUGAUCGCGCUGUUAAACAAUAGAAUACCAAUUGCCAUCCAAAAGUAUUUAAGUACAUGGUAUUCUGUGAUUGUUUAACUGUGCAAUUAAUCAUUAUAUGUAAUCACUACUCACUGCACAUCAGAGAGUCCACACGGGAGAAGGAUCCUAUAAACACUGCGAGUGUGGGAAAACCUUUAAUUGCAGCCCCCAGCUCACUUGACAGCGGAGAAUCGACACGGGAAAGAGACCCCUUGAAUGCUGUGAGUGUGAGAAAAACUUCACUCGGAGCUCAGCCCUUAUCGGAAUCAGCAAGGGAGUUAAACAUCAUCAUAACCUCUAGGCUAUCAAGACAUUUUUUUCUUUAACACUUUCGCUGUAGUGACCUUUAAAGCUGUGCGAACCAUUUGCAUCAGUGUUAUCCCUCAGCUUGUCCAGGUGAUUUGCUCAUUUUUCCCUUGGGCAGCUCACCCUUUUCUGGGGUGGACCCGAUUGUCCUUUCUAGCCACUCCAUUGUCCCCUGAGUAACGGGAGUUUGUCUCUCCUUCCAUGAAACAAGGAGCAUCACAUUUAUACCGUUCCUCUUAUUGUACGGUUAUUUUUUAUAGUCACCAGUGAUACAGAUUGUAUCAUUCUCAGUUGUUCUCCCGUUGCUGUGGAGUGUGCUCAAUGGCAUUUUUGGACCCUUUUUUUCAUUUAUGAUACAUUUAAAUAUAAUGAAGAGAAGCAGGAGCAGAAAAACAAUGUCAUUUCAGCCUCUGUGACACUGGAAGGAGAUGGGGUGAUUCAGAGAGAUUCCCUCCUUCCCCAUCGUUCCAGAACUGUUACCGCCUCUCUGAGCCAGGCAGAGUUUCUCUUCUUCACAGUCUGUCGCUGCACCUCUCAGAGUGUCGUGUGGUGCAGUGUUCUCAGCUGUCUGGGCUUGGAGGAGAUGCUUUGACUUGUUUAAUCAGUCAUGGGGAGAUGAAAGUGUCAGUUCCUGGAAGGGGAAUUCAGAUGGAUCCCAAACACAGAGUGAUCAUUUGGAUUUUAAAUCCCAGUUUCCGUUUAUUGGCAAAGCCACUUUGGGGAAGGUUAGAUGUUUUUUGCCCUCAUUAUGAGGCUGUUAGGAUGCUAAAACUUUUGUACAUAACAUAACUCAGUAAUGAGACAGUGCUGAGUGAAGCAGGUUUGAGUGGCUCAGAGGAGAAUCUGAUGGGAGAAUCUCUUGUCUUAAUUCUGAGUCAUCAGAUGUAACCUGUUCUGGAAUUUCACUUGGUAUUUUCAUUUUCAUUUAGUCUGUCCGUGAUGUGGGUUUCUCUCUUUCCCGAAGGCUGGUUGGUCGCCCAGCUGGAGAUUUGUUUAGUUGGACAGGCUGGAGCUCAGAUUUAUUGGAGCAAAUGACCAAUUGCUAAAGUCAUGACGUCUCACUUCAGUGCUGCGUUUUCCCCCAUCCCGCCAUGAUGACGUGGAGAAAGUUCAGGUGCAGUUCUGUCAACAGGAGCGAACUCUCCAAUUCACUGGCCAGGCUAAUAAAGCAGCAGCCGUGAUUUAAAAUCUCCGCUGGGAAAUGGUGAACACCAGCUGACCCAAACUGUGCAACUAACUGAAGCAAGCGCAGACGAUCACAGUGGAGUUCAAUUGUUUAAGCCAGCGGUUCUCAGACUUCGUUUCACCGUGACCCCCUUCUAACAACAAUUGCUACAGGAUCCCCCCCCCUCCGGAAGCUGAAGUCAGAGGGCUUCAGCCCCAGGCAGCAGGGCUUGGGCUUCAGUCCAGGGUCUAACGCCAGCCCUGGCGAUCCCCUUAAGCCGGUUUGGGAACUGCUGGUUUAGUCAGUAUUGUCUCAGAUGAUCCGGGGAAGAGAAUUCCACAGUAACUGACUGGGAACUAGACAAAAUGCCCAUGUGCAGUAUUCGGUUCCCAGAGCAUUUGUAAGCCAGGCCCUACGAAGGUGUCUCCUAGCUAAUCCUGUGCUAUGGGAAAUGCUGCCCAGGUGUGGAGGAAAUAGAAGUGGGGGGUUGGUUUGUUUUUGUUGAAUUUACCCCAACCAAUGUCACAGCAAGGAUCUUUCUAGCAGCUGGAAGUAUAAAAGAGGGAGAACGACAUCAUCACCUGGCCUCUCCCCACCUCGUAUCAACACCUGGAAGAUUGUCUGGAGGACAAAGACUUUGCACUAGGAGCUUGGUCCCAGGCUGGAAGGGAGUUCAGUCUGAGUACUGAGAGCUGGGAGCUGCUGCUAACGUCUAUUAGGGGGAGAGACUCUGAGUCAAAUCUUGCUUAGUCUGUUAAAGUUCGAUUUAGACUCUGUUUCUAUUUUUAUUUGGUAGGUAACCAAUUUUUCUCUCUCUUCUUGCUACUCAUAGUCACUUCAAAUCUGUCUGUAGUUAAUAAAUCUGUUUUAUAUUUGACCUAAACCAGUGUGGGUCUGGUUGAAGUGCCUGGGGAAUCUCUCCUCAGGUUACAAAGGCUGGGGCAUGUCCAUGUCCCUUGGAAGAAGUGGCCAAUUAAU